GGCGAGUUGAUAGAUAUUUCAAACACUUAAUAAAAGUGAUAAAAACCCGAAGCUUGAGGAAAAAUCAAAAAGAUUUUAACAUCCUAAUCUUCUGGGUAAUUUCUUGAGAAUUAAGACACACUGUUAUAUAAACCCCUAAUCCUACGCCGUCGUAUAACCUCUCUCCCCGCUCCUCGCCGUCGUUCGCUGUCACGCUAAACCCUAACACCAAUGUCUCGCUCUGGCGAAGAUCCCGACCACAAUCAAACCCCUACCUCCGACGAUAUCGUCGACGACGGCGAUGACUACGAAGAAGAAGAAGAAGAGGUCUCCGAAGAGUCAGAGCUCCGCGAACAAAAGGCGAGGAUGGAGCAUCUCUUCCACCGCAUCUCCAACGAUACGGUGCCGUUGCGAGUUCACGACGUGCUAAUCAAAGGCAACAUCAAGACGAAGGAGGCGCUGAUUGAAGCUGAGAUUCAGAGCUUAAGAGAGGCGAGUUCGGUGCAGGAGCUUCUCAAGGCGGCGAGUAUUGCGAAUGCCAGGCUACAGAGGCUGGAUAUUUUUGAAUCGGUUAAUAUUACGCUUGAUUCUGGACCAGCGGAGUUGCCUGGGACUACGAAUGUAAUUGUGGAAGUUGUUGAGUAUAAGAACCCGCUUUCUGGCGAUAUCGGAGUUUUUAGCAGGCCUGAGGCUAGAACCUGGUCACUAGAAGGAGCACUCAAGUUGAAAAAUUUGUUUGGGUAUGGAGAUCUAUGGGAUGGUUCUUUAGUUUAUGGUUGGGAACAAAUGUCGGAGGUUAGCGCUGGUGUAUAUUUACCCAGAUUUAGAGGAUUUCCUACUCCUGUAACUAUUCGAGCAUCCCUUUCUUCACAAGAUUGGUUGAAGUUCUCUUCUUUUAAAGAGAAAUUGGCGGGAGUGUCUCUCGGCCUCCUAUCAACCAAGAAUCAUGACUUGGCAUAUAAUUUAUCUUGGCGUACACUGACAGAUCCAUCACAAAGGGCAUCUAGGCCAGUGAGAAGGCAGCUUGGCCAUAAUUUGAACUCUGCACUGAAGUAUACAUAUAAAAUUGACAAGAGGAAUUCUCCUCUUAGACCAACAAAAGGAUACGCUUUUGUUUCUACAACACAGAUAGGUGGCCUUUCACCUGAUAGUCGGUGUCUACGCUUUCUUCGCCAGGAACUUGAUCUUAGAUGUGCUUUUCCCCUGGGCUUUUAUAAUGCUGCACUCAACUUUGGGGUUGGUGUUGGUGUACUUUUUCCAUGGGGGAGUGGAUUCCGGAGUAAACCAUCUUCUUUGCUUGAUAGAUUCUACUUGGGUGGCAAUUUUUCUCCUGUUUGCACAUUGGGAGGACCGACGUCUGUAUUGGGUUUUAAAACACGGGGGCUGGGCCCUACUGAACUGAGAAGGAAAGUGAAUGAUGAUAGUGAGAGUUCUGACAGUCAUCCUGGUACUGAUUUUCUUGGAGGUGACCUUGCAGUUACCGCAUUUGCAGACCUUUCUUUUGACUUGCCGUUGAGGGUGUUAAGAGAAGCAGGCAUCCAUGGACAUAUUUUUGCUUCUGCUGGGAGCCUCAAUAAAUUAUCAGAAAAUGAAUACAGAAAUUUGUCUUACCAGAAAUUUCGUGAAUCACUGAGAAGCUCCAUAGGAUGCGGAGUGAUCAUACCUACCAAACUUUUCCGUAUGGAGGUUAACUAUUGCCAUAUAGUGUCACAGCAAGCAACCGACCAAGGAAAGACUGGUGUGCAGUUCAGCUUUUCUCCACCGAGCACUUGAGAGAGUUGCUAUAAAUUUUUUGAGGCCCAGAACCCCAUUUUUUUUUUGUCAUAAAGGCCCAACGCAUUUAGCUGGCUGAAAUUUAUGAGAUUUUCGUUCUCCAUGAAUCAUUAUUAACAUUUGGGCCUUUGAUAUUUUGUUAUCUAAAAAUCUAGACAACUUAUCCUAAAUGCCUGGCGUAGUCACUGGUACCAAUAAAUUGUGCAACUAAUUCAGUUUUACAGCAGUUUCUUAUUAUUAGCAAUUUCAAAACUUUGACUGA